AUGCCUACCCGUUUCUCGAAGACAAGGAAAGCCCGCGGUCAUGUUUCGGCCGGUUACGGUCGAAUUGGCAAGCACCGUAAGCACCCCGGUGGUCGUGGUAUGGCCGGUGGUCAGCACCACCACCGCACCAACCUCGACAAGUACCACCCCGGUUACUUCGGUAAGGUCGGUAUGAGGUACUUCCACAAGACCCAGCAGCAGUUCUGGAAGCCCACUAUCAACCUUGACAAGCUGUGGUCUCUCGUCCCCGCCGAGAAGCGUGAUGCCUACCUCAGCGGCCAGAAGACCGACACCGCCCCCGUCAUCGACCUCCUUCCCCUCGGCUACUCCAAGGUUCUCGGCAAGGGCCGUCUCCCCGAGGUCCCCAUCGUCGUCCGCGCUCGCUACUUCAGCCGGGAUGCUGAGGAGAAGAUCAAGGCUGCCGGUGGUGUUGUUGAGCUCGUUGCUUAA